CCCGGUCCCUCGUUGUGAUGCUGUGCAACGGCGGGUGCGCGCAAUUACGCAACACCCCCUCCUGUCCUGUGCGCUAUAACUGGAUCAGCGUCUCUCCUCAGCUCCUCCGGUCCUGCACCCAAACUGACACCGGCCACCUCUCAGCCAACUGCCUCGUGACUUCAGCCAGCUCCGGUCACCAUGGGAAAGGAGAAACUCCACAUCAACAUCGUCGUGAUCGGCCAUGUGGACUCUGGCAAGUCCACCACCACAGGCCACCUCAUCUACAAGUGCGGGGGCAUCGACAAGAGGACCAUCGAGAAGUUUGAGAAAGAAGCAGCUGAGAUGGGGAAGGGGUCGUUCAAGUACGCCUGGGUGCUGGACAAGCUGAAGGCAGAGAGGGAGCGUGGCAUCACCAUCGACAUCUCGCUGUGGAAGUUUGAAACCAGCAAGUACUACGUGACCAUCAUUGAUGCCCCAGGUCAUAGGGACUUCAUCAAGAACAUGAUCACAGGGACCUCCCAGGCAGACUGUGCUGUGCUGAUUGUGGCGGCCGGUGUGGGAGAGUUCGAGGCAGGCAUUUCCAAGAACGGACAGACCCGUGAGCACGCCCUCCUGGCCUACACUCUGGGAGUAAAGCAGCUCAUUGUGGGCAUCAACAAGAUGGACUCCACUGAGCCCAACUACAGCCAGAAGCGUUAUGAGGAAAUUGUGAAGGAAGUGAGCACCUACAUCAAGAAGAUCGGCUACAAUCCCGACACCGUUGCCUUUGUGCCCAUUUCAGGCUGGAAUGGAGACAACAUGCUUGAGCCCAGCCCCAAUAUGACAUGGUUUAAGGGGUGGAAGAUCAACAGGAAAGACGGCAAUGCAUCAGGGACCACACUACUAGAGGCUCUGGAUGCCAUCCAGCCCCCCACCCGUCCAACAGACAAACCUCUACGUCUUCCCCUGCAGGAUGUCUACAAGAUAGGAGGUAUUGGAACAGUGCCUGUAGGCCGCGUGGAGACAGGCAUACUGAAGCCUGGCAUGGUGGUGACCUUUGCCCCCGUCAAUGUGACGACUGAGGUGAAGUCUGUGGAGAUGCACCAUGAGGCGCUGACUGAGGCCCUCCCUGGCGACAACGUGGGCUUCAAUGUCAAGAAUGUGUCUGUCAAGGACAUUCGUCGUGGCAACGUUGCAGGAGAUAGCAAGAACGAUCCACCGCAGGAAGCUGCCAACUUCACUGCUCAGGUGAUCAUCCUGAAUCAUCCAGGCCAGAUCAGUGCUGGUUAUGCCCCUGUCCUUGACUGUCACACUGCUCACAUCGCCUGCAAGUUUGCGGAGCUCAAGGAGAAGAUCGAUCGCCGCUCUGGCAAGAAGCUGGAGGACAACCCCAAAUCCCUCAAGUCUGGAGACGCUGCCAUUGUGGAUAUGAUUCCUGGCAAGCCAAUGUGCGUGGAGAGCUUCUCUGAGUACCCUCCACUUGGUCGUUUUGCGGUGCGCGACAUGCGUCAGACUGUGGCUGUUGGCGUGAUUAAGGGUGUGGAGAAGAAGGUCUCCACCACCGGUAAAGUUACCAAGUCCGCCCAGAAGGCCCAGAGGAACAAAUGAAUGUUGUGCUACUCUGCCGACCCCAAGGUCUCCCAGGGCAGGACAUCGGUCAUCCAACUCCAUCCUACAAUUGGCUGCUUCAACGUAAUAAUCAAAGACUGGUUAAUCAUCACAAUGCAUCGCAAAAGCAUUCGAAGGAAAGAAAAACAUUUAGAUUUUAAAUCCUUGAGGCGGCACUCCUGACUCCAUUUCAGUGGUUAGAUUACCAUUACGUACAGUGUAAUAUCAAACAGAUAGUUUUAAAUGUGCACUGUUGAUUUGGUUCAUGGCAAUACUUUUCUGUGAUAUUGAUAUUAAGACAUUGAACAAUUAGAGGUACUAAAAUGUAUCACCGCUCUAGCUCUCUGGAGUGCAGACACUGGUCUCUUUACAUGGUACAUGUUGUCUUGCUUUUAGUGUUUGUUUGCAACUACAUGGUGCUCUGUAGGAGCCUAUGGCAAGAUGUUAAAACUAUGUUCUUCCGAGUAGUAGAUUAGUUAAACUUAGUGAUUUGUUGUGUUUGAGCUUUAAAAAGCACUUGAAACAAAAGGUCCAAAUUUGUCCUUCCUGAGGGGACUCUGAGUAGACCACCUGAUGAUUCUUGAAGCACUUUGAUUGGCAUUUUGCUAACUUUGCACUUGCACUGGAAAAGCUUAAAUUGGCAUAAGCUUCUGCA